AUGGAGGUGUUUGAAAAGAGCCAGACGGUCGACCCCGAGGUCAGAGCGCACAUCUACUCGCUCAUCUCGGCCAUCGGUGGCAGUAGUACUGUCAAAGAAGGCCAAUAUGUUCUCGGAGACGACGCCCUGGCGUGCUUGAAGGACUUGUCGCGAUGGAUUCGAUCAUACGAUGACCGGAUGAACAGACACGAUGUCAAGCGAUGUAUGGCCGAAGCGAACUUGAUCAGAGGAGAUCUACUACCCAUCCUGGCCCAGCAAGGAGACAAGACAGAACGCAGCGCCCUCGCAACAAAAGUCGCCCUCAGCUGUCUCGACUUGCUCAACACCCUGACAUGGCCAAUUGAGCGAAAAGAAGAGACCAUGACCGUCAACAUCCACCGACAUCUCCCAUACAUCAGACUCGCUCAGGUCGAAUACAAGCGCUCCAUUCUGCACUGGGAAACCGCCCAAAUCCUCCGUACCGCAAUCAGUGUCGCCAUUCCGAGUAUCACACAACCACGAGCCGAUCGCAGUCAAAGAGAUGAAUCCAUCCUCGGUGUCGUUCUUUACUUCCUUCGUAACGUCGCCAUCAUUGCUCAACCAGCAGACCUGCCGAGUGCAGCCGAUGACAACGACAUCAACAGACUGGAGACCAUCCACGCAUUUCACCAACAAAACGUCCUGCAGCUCCUGCUCACAAUCGCCUCGAGUGUCACCGACGAGUAUCCCAUGCACGACAUCGUCCUCUUAGACAUCCUCUUCCAGCUGCUCAAGGGCAUCGACCCCAAAGAUUUGUUCAAGAAUGAGAAACAACUGGAAGAUGCCAGGAAUGAUGAGUUCAAGGCUCUCUUGGACAAAGAAAAAGCCAUGAAUGCCUCAUAUGCAAGGAACGCUCCCAGUCGUCACCACCGCUUUGGUACCAUGAUUUGGGUGAAGCGGCCUGACGAGAAGGUGUCGACUCUCAGCGGCCAAAAUGUCAUCUUUGAUGAGCAAAAGACCAUGCACCAGAUGGACCAGUCAAAGCUCUGGAACAAGCCAAAGGGCCGAAAGAAGAAUACAGAAGUCCAAGAUGAGAACAACGAUUUUGACAACAAUGUCAACUUGGACGAACCCACUCGCAAACUUGUCCGCCACUUUGUCGAAGAUUUCCUGGACUCUUCAUUCAACCCCUUGUUCAACAGUCUCCGCCGUGCUCUAACCUCAGAAGCCGAACGAGCUCAGAAAUACCACACUCGUCAAUACUAUUACCUGAUGGGCUGGUUCUUGCAAGCCGAACGCGCUAGACAAGACUUGCUCAAGCGCAAUGGCAAGGUGCACAAUGCUGCCGUCGAUGACUCGCCUUUUGCCUACAUCGCUGCUGUCAUGACCCAGGAAAACUUCAUCUUGCUCGGACGAAAGAUCCAGCAGAGUUUGGACGACAAAGAAUGGUCUGAUUUGCACGCUUGUAUGCGAGCUUUUACCCAGAUUCUAUUGACUGUUGCUGCUAUGGCAGACUCUGCUUCCGAAGACGACCAGGAGAUUGCCGAGAACAUCCAGAACAGAAUCUUUUACGAGGAAACAACACAUGACCAAGUCAUUGCUGUGCUCAGAGGAUACAACGGUCAAGGAUUCGCAUUCUUGGACGCAUGCACAGAUAUGGCCCACACUUUCUUGCGCAUGCUAGAACGUUACAGCAAACAGAAUGUCGAUAUGCAAGUUCGCUCGAAACGACGUGCCAGGAAAAAGCGCAGAGUCGAGGCUCAAGCCAAUGGUGCUGAAGAUGAAGGUGCGGCAUCUGAGGCUGAAGAUCAAGCUGAUGCUCAACGUGCAGUGAGCGAACGCAAGUUCGACUUCAACAGAUUUGCCAGCAAGUUCAUGACUGAAAGUGCCGUCAAUACAUUUGUCACAUUCACAGGCUACUACAAGGAUCUUGACCUUGAGCAGCUCAAACGAUGUCACCGUUUCUUCUAUCGUUGCGCUUUCAAGAUGGAGCGAUCGAUCUUCUUGUACAGAGUUGAUAUCCUGCACUUGUUCAACCGUAUGAUCAAGGGCCCGGAAGGGUUGCCCAAGGAAAUGCCUCUGUUCAAGGAGUGGGAAGAACUGGUCAAGCAAGUCUUCAGACGCUGUUUGAAGAACUUGGACCAACGCAGAGAGCUCAUGGUUGAGAUGCUCUUCACAAAGAUGCCGAACACGAUCUUCUACCUCGAGAACGGAUAUGACAUGGAAACCACAAAGGCCAGACCCAGACCCCCGGCUGAGUUGGUAGUGAAGCCUGGAUUGAGCCAAGAGGAGCAGAUUGCUGUUGCUGUCAGUGUGCUCGUCAACCAAGGCAAAUUAGAUGCUUUGGCUUGGGUCAAGGACGUUCUCAAUUCUGCUGCGGAAGAGAGAAUGGCUUGGGAAGAUCUACAUGAUGCGCAAGCAAGCAUUGAAAACGCCGCAAAUGGCGAGUCUGAAAACACCAACGGCGCAGACAACCAAGACCUUGAAGCACCAGUGGAGUCGGCUGAACCUGCAAACCAAGAAGACAAACCCAAAGCCCCCUUCAUAACCCUCAAACCCGACACCGACGACCGUAAGCUCAGCCUCUUCAAGGACAAGUUCCUGCGUUUGCUCCUCAAGCUUCUUUCUUUCGACCGCCUCGGCGAAAACGACGACCCAGACGCUUCCUGGAUCGUUCCUUCCUCCCUUCCCUCCUCCCUCCUGUUCUCCAACCUUGCACUGAUCAAAAGAUUCGAAUUCGAUCUCCCAACAUUCGAAGGCGGCGUAGCNCCUGAAUCUCUUCUUAGGAGCAAGAGUGCAUCCGGUCUACACGCCCGAGCAGACAGAAGUGCUGCAGCCAGCGCAGUCAACAGCGACGAAGAAGGAGACACACUCUCCGAUCUCGAUGCUCAAGCAGCUGCAUUGUUCGAACCUGGCGGUCCCACAUCUCGAUCCGCCGACUAUGAGAAGCCUAAAUCUAGAAAGAGAUUGUUGCAGCGUAAAGCUCCCGAUCUCACUGAAGCAGAGAGGUUACUGCGGCAGAAGGAAAGAGAUGCCAAAGAGAGAGACAAGAACGCAAAGAUCAAGUCUGCAUUACGCAUCACGGAUUCGGAUAAUGAAGAUGAUGAUGAGAAGGAUGCGGCUUUCUUUGCUUUGGAGGAACAGAGAAGAAAGAAGAUUAGUGGUAUCAUAAGAAAUGCAUUACUGAACGAGGUCGACGAGUCGGCUGGAGUGAAGAACAAGCGUAAGGCCAAGGUUACGAAAGAGAAGACGGCCAAGGGCAAGAAGAGGAAGACUAUCACGAUUGACAGCGAUAGUGAUCAGGACAGUGCGAUUGCCGAAGAUGAGGAGAUGGAGGAUAUCGAUGCUGUCGACGUGAUCAGUGAAGUGGAUGAGACACCUGAAGACACACCCAUGGACACCGUGUCACCGCUUAAGAACAGUGCUGCAGCUGCAAUGGAUGCAGACGAGGACGAGGAAGAUGUCGUGCAAGCUAGACCUGCGCGAGCAAGAGCAACAGCGAGACUGCCGUUCUUGGAUGACAGUGACAGUGACUAG